GCAGUUUUUUUGCGCUUCACACCCUUCGCUUCUUUUGAAUUCGACAUAAUGAACCAAUUUUUUUUUUCAAUAAAAACUUAGUAAGCUAUCUACAGGGUUUGAAACAGAUCUUUGUAAACUUUAUGAUAAAAAACACUGUCCGCCAAAGAUGGCUGCCAUCAUAAUGCAGUUGUACAAACCGGAACAGGAAAGGCGAGGUAAUGUAAAUUAGUGACGGGCGUUGUGGUAUUUGAAAAGCCGACUAACUAGUUAACAGAAACAUUUAGCUAAAAGAUUAAUUUCAACAAGUAUAAUUAUUAAUUACUACAUUAUUUUAGCUAACUAACCUUUCGUGCGCACAUUAAUUUCCUUUGUACGCUGGUUGAAAAAUGUGUGCGCACUCACACGCGCAAAGCUUAGAGAGAACAUAGGGCGCAAGUCUGAAAAUGGAGCUGGACACAGGCUCAGCUUUAACAGUGAUCUCUGUACACGACUACAAAUUGUUUUCUCACAUACCUCUGAAAUGAACUAAACUAUACAGGACAGAGAGUACGUCCCAAAGGUAAAAUUAAAGUGACAGUGACCUACAGAGACAAAACACAGCAGCUGAACCUCCAUGGACUGGAAAAUGGAGGACCACCGUUGCUGGGAUGUGAAAGGCUCAGGAAAAUCCAGUUGGAUUGGCACACCAUCAAGGCACUAGAUGUGUCAACAAAGGAGGGCAGGUCGGCGGUGAAGAUGUCCUCAGCUCUCCUCUCAACCAUUGUUGACUAUUACAAUGAGGAGGAGGAGCUAGACAGCGUCGAUGAUGAGGACAAACGCAGUAUCCAUGGCCGCGACUUGGAUGAAGAUACAGAGGAUGCAAGGGAGAUAGAUAUUGCCAAUAGGCAGGAUGAAGACGACUACUUGGAAGUAAAAGAGCAGAUGUACCAGGAGAAAUUGACAUCUCUCAAAAGACAGCUACAGCAGUCACAAGAAGGCACUUUGCAGGGUUAUCAGAAAAGAAUGAAGAAAUUAGAUCAACAAUACAAGGAAGGAAUACGAAAUGCAGAGCUUUAUCUGCAACAGGAGACAGAACAAGUGGAAAGGAAUUAUAUUAAAGAGAAGAAAGCAGCAGUGAAGGAAUUUGAAGAUAAAAAGAUUGAAUUAGAAAAAAAGAAAAAGAUGAUUGAGAAUGAGCGGCUAACAAUGGAACUCACAGGAGAUUCUAUGGAGGUAAAGCCAAUAAUGACUAGGAAACUAAGGAGGAGACCUAAUGACCCUAUUCCAAUAUACAGGUUCCCCCUGCUAUCCAAAGUUAGAGUGUUCUUGUGAAACCAUUUGUAAGCUGAAAUGUUGUAAAGUGAAGAAGCAAUUACCACUAAUUUAUAUGGGAAAAAUUACUGAGCGUUCCCAGACCCAAAAAAAAUAACCUACCAAAUCAUACCAAACAACACAUAAAACCUAAAAUAACACUAACAUAUUGUAAAAGCAGGAAUGAUAUGAUAAAUAUAAAGUAGAAAUAUUGUAUUACAGUGUAGUUUCACUUAUCAAAAUUGGGAAGACAGUGAGCCAAAAUUGAUUUGGAGGGAAAAAAAUCAGCACAUACACACAUGCGCACACAACCGCCCGCACAUGGCUUCACGGUCAUGGUAGUCUUUCUCAGGGUAAACACACGUAUAAAGCGGGCGUCUUUUUCUCAUAAAAGCAAAAAUCCUUUGGUUAGCGAAACCAGUUGCUAAUGUAGGUCUUUCGUAACAGUGAGCUGUCAUAAAGCAAAUGUUCAAAAAAACGGGGGCCACCUGUACAGACAAAAGAUGAAAACCUGCACCUGCACAGUUAAAUUACUUGUUAACAGACGAGCAGAUAAUGGAAGAUCUGCAAGCUCUCAGUAAGAUUAUAUCUCCGAAAAGACCAGCAUCUCCAUCUUCUCCUGAGC